AUGCUCAAAUGUCAAGUAGUAAACUUCAAAAGAUACUUUAGCGACUUUUAUACGAGAAAGCCGUUGAAUUACGAAACUUUUAGCAAGAGAAUACAUGACUUUAAUAAGUUAAAGCGAGAACCUAAUGAAGCUGACCUUAUAGAUUGCAUUCGUGCAGGGAGAAGGUUGCAAAUGGGUAGUAUAAUAAGUCAGAAAAGAAACUUUUUGAAACUAAAAUUUGGCUCCAAUAAAGAUAUCGAGAGGAAAAUAUGGGGAGUUUUGAAUAAGCAUAAAUAUCUAGUUAUAUCUAAAGAUGCAAUUCUAAAAGCAUACUUAACAACAACACCUAUUCCCAUUGAGGUAUCUCGCAUUCAUGAUUUGAUUACAGAAAACUUGAAUCAUAAACUCUCUAAGGAUGAGGUGGAUAUGACAGUUGUAAGGGUGGGUUUAAGCUGUUUGCUUUCUCAAAGGGAUUACCACAAUUGUUUUAAGCUACUUGAAAAGACAUGUAACUCAGAAAGGUAUAUAAGCUAUCAGAAGCAUCGUUUCGUAAGAGACCUACUUGGUCAGGGAGUUGCAGUGAUGUUCCUACUGAUCUUAGAAGCGAUCUUCCUACAGUCUGCUUUAUGGAUUGUGGUCAAUAGUAUAUCUACGGCAUUUGUUUUCUGGGGUCUUAGCCAGGUGAAGUAUCCUAGGGAGCUUGGACGACUUAGUUGGAGACCAUAUAAGUCUUUAGUACACAAAGUUACUCACUUUGACGAACUAAGCUUAAUAAAUAUAAUCAUCACUUAUUUUGAAGAACAUAGUGAAGUUAAUAUUAAAAAUUUUCAUCAUAGUGAAGUAAGGGAUGUUGCGAGCCUACUUUCGUUUAGACUGAAUGACUAUAUCAUAGAACUUCCUCAGAAAAAUCUCACCUCCAUUUCUAUGGCUUCCCAAGAUCCGGAGACUCUCAGUCUACAAAGAUAUUUCAGGCGACAACUAUCGAAACGACAGAUUGUACUUAACGAACUACCGGAAGAAAAGAUUAUUCUUGAGUAUUGGUUGGAUAAAAGCGAUAAAUUUGAAUGGGUUGAGCCAGAUCAAGACCCUGCUGAAAUAGUAAAACUCAAAAUAGGGCAAUAA